CAGGUGACUGACAUGAAGAAGAAGAUAGAGCAUGGCCUGGGGUGCCUGAAGACUGUGGAGGAAGCCAAGAGCAAGCUCCAGAAGGACUUGGAAGAGCUGAGGCAGUGCUACAAAGAGAAGGUGACCGCCUACGACAAGCUGGAGAAGGACAAGACGCGGCUGCAGCAGGAGCUGGACCACAAGGUCGUGGACCUAGAAAACCAGCACCUGAGCAUCUUCAACCUGAAGGAAAAGCAGAAGAAGUUAGACAAGCUCCUGGCUGAGGAGAAGACCAUCUCGGCCAAGUAUGCGGAGGAGCGUGACAGGGCUGAGGCAGAAGCCUGUGAGAAGGAGGCCAAGGCACUGUCAUUGACCCAGGCCCUGGAGGAGGCCAUGAAGCAGAAGGCAGAGCUGGAGUGGCUCAACAAGCAGUUCUGCAUGGAGAUGGAGGACCUCAUGAGCUCCAAGGAUGACAUGGGCAAGAGUGUGGAAGAGGUAAAGACCCUGCUCGAAGAGCUGGAGGACGAGCUUUGGACCACCAUGGAUACCAGGCUGUGCUUGGAGGUGAAAUUGCCGGCCAUAAAGUCCAAGCUCAGAUGGGUCCGACAGGAGCAGAGCGAGGAGAAGAAGCAGCGGCUGGUCCCAAAUGAGAAGGAAGCAGAGCUGGAGGAGGACAGGAUGCAGCGCUCAAUGGCCGUGGCCGCUGGGAAGAGGCAGGACAUGAACCUGAAGGAUCUGGAGGCCCAGAGCGACUGGGCCAACAAGAACCACAAUGAGGCCCUGGAAGAGCUCCGGAAGCUGCAGGUCCAGAUGAAGGACUACACGAGGGAGCUGGAGGGGAUGAGCAGUUCCCUCGAGGUGAUGCUGGCCCAGGCCAAGGAGAACCAGCAGAAGCGGAAGAGCAUGGAGGCCGAGAUCAUUCAGCUGCAGGAGGUGAAAGCCAACCUGGAGAAGGCCAAGCAGACCCUGGAGCAUGGGCAAUGGGAGUUGGCCAAGGACGUGAAGGUCCUGCUGCAGGAAAAAGGGGACUCAGAGCACAAGCGGCAGAAAGCAGAGGCCCAGCUACAGGAGCUGCAGGAAAAGUUCAACGAGGGAGAGCGAGUGCGCACACUACUGGCCAGGAGGGUCACUGAGCUGCAGGUGGAGCUGGACAGUGUGACGGGCCUUCUGAGGCAGUCUGACAGCAAGUGCAGCCAGCUCACCAAGGAUGUCUCCACUUUGCAGUCCCAGCUGCAGGACACGCAGGAGCUGCUGUGGCAGCAGGACCAGCAGAAGCAGGGCCUGAGCACCCAGCUGCAGCAGGUGGAAGAAGAGAAGAGGUCCCUGAAGAAGCAGCUGGAGCAGGAGGAGGAGGCCAAGCAUAACCUGGAGAAUCAGAUUGCCGCCCUGCUUGCCCAGGUGAGCAACAUGAAGAAAAAGAUGGAGCAUGGUGUGAGGUGCUUUGAGAUUGUCAAGGAGGACAAGAGCACACUGGAGAAGGACCUGGAGGGGCUGAGGCAGCGCUACAAGGAGAAGGUGACCACCUACGACAGGGUGGAGAAGGACAGGAUGUGGCUGCAGCAGGAGCUGCACCACCAGCGGCAGAGACUCUCUGACCUGGAGAAGAAGCAAAUUGAGGUUGACCAG